AUGAAUCCCCAUCAGCAAAACAAAGUGGACAUCGCUUCCCUCACCCCAGAGGAGCAGCGCCUGCUGCGCCUCUACGGCAAAAUGCCCACCAAGAAAGACGUCCUCCAGAACAAGCUCAAGGAACGCAAAUACUUCGAUUCCGGCGACUACGCCCUCAGCAAAGCCGGCAAAGCCUCCGACGUAGGCGUCACCAAUGUCGGAUCCCGCCACCCAGUCCCCGAAAACAUCCCCCACCUCACAGCCACCUCGCCCAACUCCGGCAGCAGCGCCCAAGGCCAAAUCCCCGGUAGUAUCAGCGGCCAUCCCGGCUCGGUCGGAUUCCAAAGCCGCAGCCCUGUCAAGGAUGGAUACUUGCAUCGCAAUUCGAGUCUCUCGGAGGGUGAGCCGGAGAAGGAACAGGAGCUGAGCGUUAGUCCGCCUGCUGCGAGGGAGGGUGUGCCCAUUCAGAGGUAG